AGGAAGGAAAAAUGAUGCCAAAACUAUCAACUGUGUCAUCUUUCACGUGUUUGGUGUUAAUCAUUCUCACUAAAGGUUGUGAAGGACAAUCGUGUACAGAAUCCGAUUUAAAGAAAUGCAACCCAACCUAUCAUAUACAUAAAGUGGGACUAGGUGUACAGGUAUAUACUUGCAGUGGAUUAUCAAGCAACGUCACCUGUGUACAAAAAGUAGUAAAAGAUUGUGAAUCAAACUUAGAUGCACCCGGAAAUCGCAUUGUUCACGAAUCAGGAAAAGAACAGCUAGACCUGUAUAAUGUUCUGGGAUGUGACAAACAUAAUGGAGGCAGAGAUACGAAAACCAAUCUGGUGAUAAUGGCUGUAUUACUAGCCU